AUGAACCACAUUUACCCCUUGAUUGGUGGUACAGACGAUGAAAAUGACUGUGACAGCGUGGACUCCAACGGUCCCCUUACAACUGCUCAGGAAUGCAAAGUUUGGAGGAACCCGUACAGUUUGUUUCGCGGUGCAGAGUACCAACGAUUCUUCCGCGAAACUAACCGAGAUCCAUUAACCUAUUAUGAUAUGAACUUGUCAGCCCAAGACCAUCAGACCUUCUUUACUUGUGAAGCUGAUGCUGGUCGGCCUGAGUACGAACUGAUGCAGAUGGCCUGGCGCGAGCGCAAUCACGAAGAGAGACUCAAAAAAACCAAGGAAGCAUUGACAAAAAACCCAGAGUGUGCCACAGCGAUGAUUCUUUUGGCCGAAGAAGAGUGUUCUCACAUCGUCGAAGUUGAAAAAAUGUACAAACAAGCCCACAAAGUGGCAGAGGCAGCACUUCGACGGUCUCAGCAAACGCAAAAUCACAGCCCGGCACACGAGGCCAUGUAUCAUCGAGACAUUCACGUAUACGUGUUCAUUCGUCGACGGCAAGCCAUGUGUGCCAGGAAGCUUGGAAAGUUGAAAGAAGCUAUCAAAAUGAUGAAAGAUCUGAUCAAAGACUAUCCAAACUUGAACUUGUUCAACAUACACGAGAACCUGAUCGAGUGCUAUUUAGCUGCCCAGCAGUAUGCGGACGCACAAGCAUUUCUGGCCAAAUAUGACGAUAUUCAUUACCCCAAAUCCGCUACCAUUUGCUAUACUGCUGCUCUGUUGAAGGCGAGACAGGUUGCUGACAAGUUUUCUCCGGAUAUUGCUUCACGGCGGGGACUGACUCCAGCUGAGCUUAGUGCCGUGGAAGCCAUACACCGGGCUGUUGAAUUCAAUCCGCAUGUACCCAAAUACCUACUUGAGAUGAAACCAUUGAUUCUACCGACGGAACACAUACUGAAGCGUGGCGAUUCCGAGGCCAUUGCCUAUGCGUUUUUUCAUUUAGCUCAUUGGAAAGCAGUCGAAGGUGCGUUGAACCUACUCUACUGCACGUGGGAGGGAACCUUCCGGCUUAUUCCUUAUCCACUGGAGAAAGGUAACUUGUUCUACCCGUACCCACAUUCAGCCACAGCGACAGACCGUGAACUGCUACCUAGUUUUCACAACAUUUCAGUCUAUCCUAAAAAGGAGGUCCCAUUCUUUAUCUUAUUCACUGCCGCUUUGUGUUCACUGACUGCAGUUCUCGCCUGCCUGACACAUGUCUACCCGGAACACAUGGGAAUGCUAUCUAAAAAGACGAUUCUGUGGUUCUUCAGUCCGAUAAACUACAUGCUGGACAAGCUCGAGAGCUUCCUAUUGUUCAUAUCACCCAGCUCACCUCGGAAGCACUGACCUCAGUGCGACAGGUCGCAGCAAUCUUGUGUUUGUGUACGCUUUCUCUGUUUGUCCAACGUACUGUACCCGGGACUAUCAGCAUUAGGUCUAUUUUUGUUGAACAUCCUCAACGGAACUGCAUUUUUUACCACCAACCCUUUCUGUCCUAAAGACAGCCAGAGAUCUUGUGUUCAAUUUAGUCCUGUUUGUUCUGUUUUUCUUCUCUCUCUCUCCCGAUUAACUAUGGCUAUAAACAGCAAAACGACAUUGUGUUUAUCGUCCAGCAUACAGCCAGACCGAAGAUAUCGAAGUCCAUUUUAAAUGAGCUUUGUUGUAUCCUCGUUCUCAGUUUCUCUGCUAUGUGCUGACGUUCUUUACAAAACAGUACAUCUUACACAACGCAGUUUGUCAGCUUGGUAAUCGGUCAGUGGGAAGGUGAUAUUUGUAGGUUAUGUAAAUAAAGGGCGUGAUCGCUUCACCCGGAUGGGGGAGAUUGUAUUGUGUUCCAUUCUUCCUCGGUGAACCCCAGCAUUGCCGGUUCCUCGGGUGCCAUCAGGUUAUGCUCGGAGCGGCAUUUUAAGUAUGCAGCUGCCUGUGGUCGACAAAUGGAAUUGUUGUUCUUGUUUUUAACAAUGCACUCUGCCCAUUGGUUCAUGAAUGUCUUGCACCAGCCCUUCCGGUCCAAUGGAAAGCUUCCCUUCAUUGGUGGAGUAACACGAAGCGGAUUGUGUGUGAAUGUGGCAGAGUUGGCCAUCGUAAUCGAAACCUGUGAUGCUGAAAUAAGAAAACGAUGUGGUUAGAUUUUCGUUUGAUUAACUGAAUAACUAGGCGAUUGGAAGCACUCUUAGUGUACCCAGAGUUCUAUUCCCAGAAGGAUGCGCAGACGUCAAAGAUUGACCGCUAUUUACACUUGUAUUCACUUUUAUAGGUAUUUUGGAUCUCCAAUGGGGACGGGGGACCCUUUCUUUCGACCAUCGAUGUGCGCCGCGGAUUGGAAAAUCUGUAUAGCUAUACUCUAGCAGCCAACAUCCUCAGAACCGAGGAGGAUAGUUUAGUUUUUCUAGCUUUCCGUUUUUCAGAUCAGGAACUUCGGUUCACUCAACUCCAAAGUAGCAUCAAUACAAAAACCUGAGGAGGAUAAACUGAAAAGAUUGUUGUCCAACUAUUGCAAUAGUUCGUAACUAGCUUUGACGUUUUCACAACCACGAAGGAUUUCUUUCCAGAGUCAAUCUAAGUUUCACCUGAAUUCUUUUUAUUUUCCACCCUAUCGAUUCCCCGAUGUUGUUGGCACUUGAGAGAUUUGUACUUAUGCAGAUCCUCUCUAAACAAUGUAAUUGAUAACCGAAGCGCUGCAUGCCAGUAAAAUUGCCAUCUUUUUAUGGCCACCAGUAUCUAUUAAGUUUAUUUGAUGAAGCGUGAACUGUGGAUCCGAAUAGCUUCCGACAACCGUCCGGCUACAGCUUUUCUUUGAACUUGAGUAGAUUCUCCGGUAAGACCGCGAGACUUCAAUUGAUGGUGGUUCUUAAACUUUUAUUUGUCCUUAUCCGUUUUUGACUUGCAAUUAUUCUGACCUCCUUUAGAUGGCAUAUUCUGUCUAAGUAUGGCUUUCAGAUUUGCUUCCAUAUAACAUUUCUAUGUACAUCUGUCAUUCUCACUCCGAAAUCGAUGGCCCGAGACAGCUUAAGCAUUCGGCCGUGGUCUACAACCCAAAUGGUUCAUAGUUCCGAUCUAAUCAUGCCAUUCCGAGCUCUCCUGGCUAAACUUGAUAACAGCUCCACCCUUGUUCAUCCCUUAGUUUGAUCGGGAUAAGUAGAGCCUGCUCGAGAUGAAGUUCGGCUAUCUGGGCACAUAUUGAUCACAACCUGUUAACUAAUGUCCUAAUACUUUCAAAACUUACUAGUUCUGAGUGACAGUCGCCGGAUAUCUAGUCGUGUCAGUGAUAGAACUGAACAAUUUCAUUUCAGUUGCCCGCAAACCAAAAUAGUGCAUACUUGUUUGAAGAAUAGUUUCUGGGUAACUUUGGGCCAUAAAAGAAAGUUUCAACCUGUUCACACUUACAGACGUGCACAAGACUCAUGACACCGGCGUUUCAGUACUGAGAACUAACUAAGGAACAUUGCCGGGCCAGGCUAUUAGUUGCGAUGACUUAUGCAGAUUAAUGGUCACUCAGCUUCAUGCUAACGAGGGGAACAGUUAUAGCCCAGCAAUAUAACCUAACCAUAAAGUACCACACUAUGCAGUUUUUGCUAAGGUUAUCCUCCUUGGAAGAGACCAACCAACUUUGUUAUUGGAAAACGAAUCAAGGGUCUAACCAGGAGUUCUAUUUUGAGGAUCACCAAUAUCUGGCGGUAUUCUUUUUGGUUUCCCGUAAAAUGUUGAGAAACCCGUUGUUCGUGUUAUGGGCUAACCCCAGUGUCCAUUUGUUCUUAACUAGUAGUCAGGUGGAGUCCGGUUAGCGUUCCAACAUCUCUCUGGCCCUGGAUGCCGAUUUCGGCACUCCACCGGCAAUUUCAUGUUGGGCGCCUGUUCCUACUCGAAUGAACGCCUAAUUUCACACUGUACCCAAUCGAGUACACGACUCGCACUCACAGUAAGGAAAGCACCUGAUAAAGUAGGUUGUUUCUCAGGUCCCUU